AUGGGGACCCAGGUGGGGCAGGAGGUGGCUCGGGACAUGGGGACCCAGGUGGGGCAGGAGGUGGCCCGGGACAGGGGGACCCAGGUGGGGCAGGAGGUGGCCCAGGGCAGGGGGACCCAGGUGGGGCAGGAGGUGGCCCGGGACAUGGGACCCAGGUUCCCACAGUUCCAGGGGGAAUGGUUUGUUGUCGGCCUAGCAGGCAGCACCCACAGGAAGAUGGACAGGUUCCUGUUGAACCCAUUCAUUGCAAUGUUCGAGCAAAAUGGAAACAGCCGCCUUAAAGUGUCGUAUGCCAUGACCCGGGGCCACCACUGUGUCACCUGGUCUUAUGUGCUGGUUCCGGCGGCGCGGCCUGGGAGCUUCUGGGUGGACCGCAGAGAGGAGCCCGAGGAGGUCCAGGUGUACGACACGGACUACAGUGUGUUCGCGCUGAUGCUGUUCCGAAGACAGUCAGGUGGCCAGAGUAUCCUCAGGGUCAACCUGCUAUGCAGGAUGUGGAUGAUCCAGACCCAGGUGCUGGACAAAUUUGUCUGCCUGGUCAGAGCUCUGGGCCUGUCGGACAACAACAUCGUCUUCCCAGACUUGACAGAUUGGUCACCCCAUCUGGGUACCUGCCAAAGGUGAACGCAGCUCCUCCCCAGCCAAGGCCUCUGCUCUCAGCAUGGAAUAAAUCCUGUGCCAGGAUCCAGGAGUAGGAGCCACCAUGACCUUGGGGUGGUAGG